UGAGCGAGACAGAGACGGCGCUGGUACCCAUGGACACAUCGUUCCCCCGAGAGGACCCCCGGGCCCUGACGCCCCACAAGGCUGACGGCCCCGCCCACACGGCCCUCGCGAUGGGGCCACCGUGCCCUCCACCUCGAGACCACUUGAUCUGGUCGGUCUUCAGCACCCUCUACUUGAAUCUGUGCUGCCUGGGCUUUCUGGCGCUGGUCUACUCCGUCAAGGCCCGAGAUCAGAAGGUGGCCGGGGACCUGGAGGCCGCCCGGCGUUUCGGCUCCAAGGCCAAGUGCUACAACAUCCUGGCUGCGAUGUGGACGUUGGUGCCACCCCUGCUGCUCCUGGGGCUGGUGGUGACCGGUGCCCUGCACCUGGCCCGGCUGGCCAAGGACUCUGCAGCCUUCUUCACCACCAAGUUUGACGACGGGGACUAUGACUGACAGGCCCGGUCCUGACC